AUACUUGGCUUCCUGACUACUUGCUGGUUAACAUUAAAAUUUUGUCGGUCACUAUUUCGAUGGGUGUUCACACACUGUGUUGCUGCAAAGUUAGGACUUUCUGCAGAUUUGUUAAGUUAUGGGGAGUGGGCAGUGGUGACAGGAGCGACUAAUGGGAUUGGGAAGGCCUAUGCAGAGCAGCUGGCUGAGAUGGGGCUGAACAUUGUGUUGAUAAGUCGGUCUACCAACAAGCUGGAGAAAGUAGCAUCAGAGAUCGAAAAAGCCUAUAACGUGAAAACAAAGAUUAUUACUGUUGACUUUACCAAAGUAGAAGGCAUUUACGAAGAUAUAGAAUCCCGGUUAGAUGGGCUUGAAGUUGGUGUUCUUGUUAAUAAUGUUGGUAUGAUGAACUUAGUUAGCAAAUUGCUGGAGAUUCCAGACACAAAAAAGUUUAUAACGGAUAUCCUGCAUUGUAAUUGUCUAUCUAUGACCAUGAUGACCCAGAUAUGCCUUCCACAAAUGAUACAAAGAAAAAAGGGUGCAAUCUUGAAUAUCUCUUCUGUAGCAGGCCUAAAGCCAUUUCCGUAUAUUUCAGUCUACUCAUCAACAAAGGCAUAUAUGGACUUCUUUUCACAUGGAAUUCAUUAUGAAUAUCGCGACACAGGAGUUAUAAUACAGUCUGUAACACCAUUCAUCGUCAAGACUAACAUGAGCGUGAAAGCGUCGUGGUUCUCUCCAGAAGCUUCAACAUAUGUGAGAGGUGCUCUGAAAACUGUUGGCGUGGUGACCAGGACUUGUGGCUUUAUAUCACAUUCCUUGCUGGUCUAUAUUGCAGCAUGUUUUCCAGCGGAGUUGCUGGCAAGAUUCCUUCAGUUUGGAUUGAAUAAAGUACGAGAAGACAUUCUAGAACAAAGAAAAGAGGAAGCAAAAGAAAAAGAGAUAAAAAAAUAGUGAAAAUAUAGUAGACAAUCUAAUUCACAAAUUGGUAGCUUAAAUUGAUCACAAAAUCAGCUAAUUGUAAUUAAGCAAAUUACUUACUAGUUUUUAAG